AUGGAGAUGGCUGCAGUCGCCGUCGACCGGCUGUCGCAGGGAGGGAGCGCCAAGGUCGCCGCAGUUGAAACAACUUGCGAAAUGGCUUCGUCCCUUGCGACUGCUCCGGCGGAAGAAGAUGAUAACAGCGGCAGCGACGACUCUUCUCCUUCCUUCGAUGCGCCGGCGCCGGCGUUGUUGUCGUUGGAUCCACCGGAAGCUUCGCCGUCACCUGAAGGAUCCUCGCCUCCCGAGGAUGGGGAUGGGGAUGCGGAUGCGGACGCCGAUGACAGACCGAAUAGUGCUCCGCCGCCUAAAGCAGGUAGCUCCAAGAGCAAGCCGUCGCCGUCCUCCAAGACGCCGACGGCGACGGGGGGAUCUUCCUCGGGGAAAUCUUCCCCCGAGUCCAAAGGCGGAGGCGGCGGCGGCGGCGGCGGCGGCGGCGGCGGCGGAUUCUCUCCCCCGUCCGUCCCUUCUGCGUCCGGCAACCGGGCGUCCCGGGACGGGGGAAGCCAAUCGAAGUCGCUGCCGUCUCCGUCCGGUGACUCGGAAGCGUCGCCGCCGAGCGGCAGCUCCGACGUCCAUCUUCCCCUCGUGCUCGGGAUCGCCGGCGGCGUCGUGCUGUUCCUGGUCCUGAUGAUCGUGUCGCUCGUGCUCUGCUCCAGGAAGAAGAAGAAACCCGUGCAGUGGGUACUACAACGCCGGUUCGCUGCCGCGGUGGCAAAACGGAGGCGAGUACGGCGGUAG